UACAACCAAUAAGGGUCAUGAUCAGCGUGUUGUCUACGGCUGCUGUUUAUAUACGUUAGUACAGCUCGCGACAUAAUAUUAUAUCAUACGUGUGUAAAAUAAGUGAAGAUGAAUCGCGGGUCUGGCAGUGAAGACAUGUUCGACACUAUUGUUAUGGCGGAUGAACGGUUCCGGGGGGAGGGUUACCAACAGGGCUUUGAGAGGGGCACGCACCGCGGCCUGCACGACGGCCGUCGACACGGUGCUUCUCACGGCGCCAAGCUGUCCGCUGAGGUGUCCUUCUACCAUGGAUUUGCAGUUACUUGGAAAUGUCUUCUUCAACAUAACACAGAUGACAAAUCCAGGAAACGUGUUAAAGCUCUAGACGCUGUCUUGGGUUUGAUCCAGAACUGUCCUCUUGAUGACCCGCAGUCUGUCAAGCUACAAGAGGACAUGGAUAAGCUUCGAGCCAAGUUCAGACAGAUUUGCUCAAUGCUCAGUGUCCCAACUGACUUCAAGAAUUACAUCAAAACCUCUGAGGGGACAUCUUUCUGAAUCUCUGCUGAAGAUGUGGCAAUGCGCCGGUUUCUGUGCCCCAGCCAGAAGAAUGGGAAGUUGCCCUGAGGCCACAGCCCUGACGUCUUGGUUCAUGUCAGGGUCUGGACACUCUAGAGUGGGUAUUGCCUUCACGUUUUGAGGUGUAAUGUGCAAUUGCUCUAGUUCCAGUGUGACCCAUGCACGGGAGAGAGAUGGUGUUUCCGUGGGUGAGAGGAAUUAUUGUAGCGAUUCAUUGUGUGAGACGCAGUGUGAAACCAAGAACCGUGCAGACAAAAGUUCGGAAGUGUGCUCUCUGAAGUGUUUGCCCUCUUAAAGGUGUCACAUAACAUUUGAGAAGAUAAAACCUGUAACAUACUACUACUUUUGUCUAUGGAUUACUGACAAAUUAUGGUAUUUCUUCUACCGUAGCUUUAGUAAAGGACUUGCAGUAAAUGAGUGAACACAAACUGCAUUGUUGACUAAUGCAUAAUUUUCACUAAUACGUCAUUUUGACAGAUCAAUUUUAGGCAAGUAUCCAGUGUCUGUCAUAUAAGGUGACAUUGUUGCAUACAGUAUUUUCUUACAGUAUAUCUUUUCCUCAGCGCAGUUAAGCAUCAGACUAUAAAUUGAUAUUUUAUAAAGCAUCAGGUUUAUAGUGAAGUGAAGAAGUGAGUGAAUUGGAUUUUCAGACCUACCAGGAACGGGUCCCUGUACAAACUGAACAUAAUGACAAGCUGCGCCUCUUUCACAUACAUAUACAGUCACAUUGGAUUCUGUUAGAACCUGUACCAAUGUUUGUAAAGUCCUAAAUUUCUACAGAAUUUAUAACAGGGCUGCUGUUGCGGUGUUUACAAAUCACGUCCUGGGUUUGACUCCAGGGUCAUCCAGGUGUCAGACCAGGAGGUGCCUUUCUAGUUUUCCUCCCACAGUCCAAAGACAUGUAUUUAGUUUGAUUGUACCCUGCUUUUGACCUGACUGUCAGCUGAGAGGUAUACAGGAGUAAGGCUAUGACAGUGAGUGAGGGAGGUUGUCACAGCAAAAACACCUGAGGUCGUGGGUGGCAACAACUACAAAUCAUAAUGAAAAGUGCUGAUCAGUGUUUGUAUUAAAAACAAAAAAGUAAUAAAAAUGAAAAAAAUAAAUAUAUACAACAUAUAAAUGUUUUUGUGGUAGCAGUAACUGCUGUAAAUAAUUUAGAAGAAAAAAAGCCUUUUAUCAUCAAACUUGCUACAAUGGCACAACAAAAUUGGUCCUGUGCAUUUACUUUGUCCCCUGGAUCGGUGGGCUGCCAUGCAAGGCCCAGGGUGCGGCGUGUCUCACUUUGAGUUAGUGGACUUACCAGCCCACUGGUGUUUUAAUAUACAAGCUGACUGUUUGGCUACAUCGGCUUUAUUUUCUGCAGCCUUUCAGCCUCAUACUGUGCCCAGCAAGCUGGGAUGAACCUUGUGCACUACAUUGCUAAUGCCACUAGGUGGAGACAAUGAUGUGGCUGAUUGGUGUACAAGAAAAAAAUCUGUAAAGAGGUGUCAGUAUUGGCACACACCCAAAAUAAAGGACUAAUAAAGGACUGGGAUCUUAGUCAAAAAGCUUGCUGAGGACAUGCUUAAUUUCUGUUUUUAGUUGUUUUUCUGAACCUUUUGGUGCCUCCCAACAUCAUCUUGAUUGCAUUAUUUUGCCAGCAGUUUUCAGUUUAGCGGGCACAUAUACUUACAGUAGUAGGACAUUGGUUGUAUGAAUACUUUGUUGACUGGUGGAGUUGUACCAUCCACAGUUUGUCUUUGAGCCAUAAAGGAACAAAGAUGAAUAUGAGGUUGUAACAGAAUGUAAUGAUUGUUUAUUAUACACAGACACACACUUGUCUGUAAUGAGAGCAGGUGCUUUGGUGUUGGUGAUUAAACAUUGUACAGGCUUUUAGAUGAUGCUCCUGCUGGUAGAGAGAAAUUUCAAACCCCCGCUCCAACAUAGAAUAAAACCAGGUCACGAAUCUAUGCCACUAGGAGUGAAUGUACAUAGAGUUUACAUGCUGCCGCUUUGUCCUCACACACCACACGCUUCACAACAAUAGCAUUAGGAGGCACCAGGGACAACCAAAGGGAGUUUUUCAGCCUUUGUCAGUCAGCCCGCUUUUUUUCCACGUCCAAACUCACACUGACAAUAACCCGACAGCACGGCGUGUGUGUGUGUGUGUAGGGUACAGUAGCAGCUGGUUUAUGCAGUGUCAGGCAGCAGGUGAACGCUGUCUUCUAGUCGGCAGCUUCUGAAAGCAAACAGAGAAAAGAGAAAGAGGGAGGCAGGGGGAAGGAGGGGUGACAGGGGCCAAAUGAGAGAGGCUGCAUUCAGAUGAGUGUUUUAGAACAACUUGUACACUCUUAAAGUCAAAAAAAUCAAAGGACGAGACAGAGUGAAUGAUUCUCAAAUGAAGAAUCCAAAGAAGAGAAAAUGAAUGGAUCAAUUGUAGCAGCAGUGAAGUGUAGAGAAGGAAAAGGGGGAGAAAGGGUGAGGAGUUAGAGGAGGAGGAAUAGUAAUCAUAGGAGGAAAGGAAGGAGGAGAGAAAAAGGUGGAGAAAGAUGAGGAGGAAGAGUAGGAGGGAGAGGAGGAGGGACUGGGGUCUUUGAGAGAAUGUAGAGGAAUGUGGGGAGCAGGUGGUGAGUGGUGACAUGAAAAGCAGUGGUGACAAAUGCAGCCGGCCGGCCGGCCGGCAGCAGAAAAGGCCUCUGAAUGGAACGGUGGCAUUGGAUUUCACCACAAGCGCACCAAGAGGAGGCCGCGGGGGGGUGGUGUUGGUGGGUGUCCUCUGAGUCAACACACAUAGUUUAUACAAAAUGCUUUCCUUCAGCUGAAACCUGUAGUUACACCUACGGGGUCCAGGUCUGGACUUUAGCGUUAUGAUUUGUUGCAGUAGUGGAAACUGAGCGGUUCUUACUGCAGGAGCUCAUCCUGGUGCUUUCAGCUGCAUCAUAAGGACUUGGUGGUCUAUUGGUUUGCUCAGUUCGCUGAAUUCCCCAUGUAUUUGUCCUGUAAUGAGCAUGACAAAUGAGCAAGCGGUGUCUACUGGACAUGUGCUUAGAUGCAUCACAAAGAGCGAUAUAUGAAGGGCCCAGAACAGAACAGAACAGCAGAACUGGACGGGAACAGAGACGUCGCCUCCUCAACUCAGCCGUAGAACUUCUGUGAUUUCUGCUAAAAAACUGAGUUUUGACAUUUCUUCUACAGCAGAAAGUUGUAGCAUUAGUGUAGAUUAAGUAUUUCAUAUACCUUAUGUUGUAGAUAAGCUAAUGCUAAUGUGCUACUGCAAUAAUACAGCACCAGCAUCAAGCUGCUUAGUUUAUAACGCUGAUUGGCUGUGUCUGUGUGUCGUACUCAUACAACCAUCCAGCCACACUUCAUAUUUUCAGUUCAGCAUUUUGAGAUUGGAGAUAUGGACUUCAGCGUUAUAUAAAAGGAACAAACCAUGACCUAAGAUUUAUUCCAUUUGUACACUUUUAUAAUUUGAAAUGUUUAUAGCUCAAUACUCUCAACUGCUUUAAGAGAGUGGGAGAGUUAGAAUGUUACUGCAGGUUUGAGUUCUUGUUACACAGGUGCUUGUAUUGUCUCUGUCUUUCCUUUUAUGUUGUUCAUGUUGUUCCAUCGCAGUAGUGAAAUCAAAACAUAUGGUGAGAGAAAAAAAUGGAAUCGAAUAGAUGGUGUUAACGUUACUCUGACCUUUGACGACUUAGUUAGUUUUUAACUGAGUGAAAACAAGGAUGAAUCUGUCAUGUCAAUGCAACUCAAUGCAUGUUUUGGUCCAACCACAAAUACAACUGAAUCCUCCACCAUGUGAAGAUGAAAUAAAUAUAAACAUUCCUCAGCAAGAGAUGAAGAGACUGCCAUCAGUACCAAAUGUGAAAGCCAGCAUCCAUGCAGAGGCAUCAUCAGUACUGAGUGAGCUGCAGGUUUCAGAGCAUCAGAUGCUCCCAUUCACUCAGGUUUCUUUUAGGGAACAUCCUACACGCAUCAUGAUAACAUCAAAUCACAUUCUGCAAAUUCACACAGAAACUUUUGCCUCAAACAGUUAGUCACCUCAGUUCCCACACACUUCCAGGGUGUUGUCCAGGAAGAGGUGAUGUAGCACAGCCGUCAACAUGCGCCUAAAAAACACAUCUUUUCUCCUCUAGUUGAGCCUCCACAUGUGAUGUGCCUGCGUGGCGCUGUGGCGGGAGGUGUCAACAAAUCAACAUAAUCAAGAAGUACUGCAUGUGACGUCUCUUACAACAUGUCUAUGUGUGUGUGCUGUGGGUCUUUGUCUGCUGCUGGUUGAGCUGGCCCUGGCAGGCCUGUGGGAAAGGAUUAGUCUUUCACGCCUUUUUCUCCACACUGAAGCCCCAUCAAAGACAUUCCUUGCAUUACAAAUCAGUGAGUACUGUCUCUCACACACACGCACUCACACACACACCCACACACACGCAAAUACAAAUACUCCUGUUAAUCAUUAGUCAAACAAUAACUUUAGGGAUUCAGACAGAACUUUGUUGUUCUCUCUCUAACGAGAGGUCAGGACCAGAGCAAAAAGAAACCAAACCAGGAAAAUGAUCUCCAGUUAUAGUACGUGUGUGUGUGUGUGUGUGUGUGUGUGUGUGUGUGUGUGUGUGUGUGUGUGUGUGUGUGUGUGUGUGUGUGUGUCUGUGUCUGUUUGUCUGUUUGUGUGUGUGUGUGUGCCUUUUUGUGAGUUUAGCAAAUUGUGUGUUGCAUGUGUCUCAGCAUUUCAUUCCAAACUUUUUUUUUAACUUUUUCUCGUGGAAGUGCUUGUACAGUUCUGAAUUUUGAAUUCUGACUACUCAACAUAGAAAAUACCUAAAAUUAUAUUAUAAUGAUAUUAAUUGUGUGGUAUGUCAUAUAUCAGCUCUUUCUGAAUUUUUAGUUUCUGGGCAAUAAUGGGAAAAGAACACUUCUCAAGUGUUUCAAGAGAAUCUAAGUAACAAAUAGACACAAUUCAGCACUAUUCAGUUAAUUCACUCUUUUUGUAAGGUCCUUGUGCUGCCGGGCAGAUCAGGCAGUGAUACCUCAAGGAUGUAUCAGAAGGUCACCAGUCAUCUAAACCUGUGGCAGCUUCAUUUAAAUAAUUACACAAGAAAUUGCAUACAUGUGAUCUGCUACACCGUCAUAACCAAAUUCACCCAUAGUCAGGUUCCUAUACAUAUGUUUUCUUGUAGCUGGUUGGAGUCAGUGACUGCACACACGUGAGGACCAGAGACAUUAGAAGACAUUUCUGUAUUGCAUGUGUCAGAUGCCAUAGUGAGGAGACCAUCGUGAUUGUUUUAAAUGGCAUGCUGCAUCCCUGCAAAUGGAGCUACAGCAAAGUGAUGCAUUGCUAAUUCAGUUUUGUAUAUAAUGCAAUAUACAGUAAUCCAAUAUAUAUUUAGUGCCAAUCCUUUUUUAACAAUAAUAUACAUUUCAAAAAUCAUAUUCUGUGGUGAUAGAACAGACAACCAGUUUACCCAAGUCAUUCUAAUUCACGUUUUUAUUGUGUAGGCGACACAAAUAUGAAUACACUGUUGUUCCAGUUAGAAACAACUGGCAUGAAGUAGACACAACUGUGUAGAAUGAUUUGUAAAAACAGUCUAUGGCUUACCAAGCAUGACACUGAAUCUAUUUACAAACUCAAAUCAACUUAUUGACAGUUUGACAAUUGGAGCAAAAAGCGUUUUUCUUUUUUAUAAAUAUAAAAAGGGGGGAAAGGAAGAAGGGCCACAACGGGCCUGAAGGGGGGAUAAAAGUCUCAUUCACCGAGACAGCUUAACACUCAACAGAGUUAUACAUAUCCCAUUUUCUGUUAUGGCACCAGUAUCAAAGCAUGCCCUGGACUCUCUGGUUUCCAUCACGGAUGCUUCAUCUCAAGAACGUUUAACAGAGCUAUAGUGGGCACUGAACCCACAAGUAGAAUAGAAUAAAAACUAAACAAACAAAAAGACUAAAAAUUAGAAAUAGAUUUUGACUGUCACUUGAGGUAUUGUGGAUCAAAGCAUUUCUGUACAUCGUCUCAUUUUUCCUUUUUUUGGAAUAGUAUGGAGAAUCAUGUAAUUACAAACAAAAACUGAUCACAUAGAAUCUACAAAAACAUGAGGAUGUCAAUAACAAACAUUUUCUAUGAGAAAAUUCAAACCUAGAAUGGCAGUAUAUUGACAUUUGUAUGUAUAAAAAAACAACCAAAUGUAGCAGCAAAUAACAGGAGAAAAGCAUCGAUUUAAUCCAUUACCUUUUUUAAAGUUUUUUUUAACCACAUAGCUGGGAUUUAUUUUCUAUAGCAGCGGAAUACAAGGAGUGUUUUUCUCCUACUCUCUAUCCUUAAAGAACAAUCAGAAACCUAAUUGACAGGGUCCCUACGCAGUUCGCAAAUCCAAGUCAAAGUUUAAAUUUGAGGAUGGCAAUGUGUUCACUUUCAUGUCAAAAACGCCCUCUUCUGUCCUGUGCAGGAACCCUGUCUUGAACUCUACAGCACUGAGACACAGCUUGCUGUUGAGCUGUCACCCUUUUUGCCACUUUCUUUCUUCUCCACUGUCUGUCCUCUGCUCUCCACUCUGAGACAUCCCCCUAGGAAACGCAGCCCACAUAUUUUAGGUUUGUGCAAAAUCAUGUCAAUAGUCUCAACACUUCUCUCUCUAUUGUAAGUUUCAUCCCACAAGCAGUAUUUGAAGUAAGGUGGAGGAAUGGAGCAGAUGUUGUCCUGGCAAAUUAGAUUCAGACUGUAGUAUUAAAAUAUUUCUCAUUGGCAGGGCUCCUCUUCAGCCGGUUAAGUUAAGCAUCAGCAAACAGAGCCAUGGUUAGUUAGCAAACCAAAAACGCAACCUAAAAAUAAAUAUGUUUUGCUAUAUAAAAAUAAAGUAUUAUUUUAAGUAUAAAAAUAAUACUUCUUUUUACUUUACACUCUGGACCUUCAGUUUUUGGCUCUGCAUGCAAGAGGUUUAACUUGAACUAUGGCGGGUCUUUAGGUGUGUGAAACAUUUACUUCUGUGAGACUCAUGUGGGUGUCAAGCAGCAUUCGUUUCUGCCAUACGGCUCAAUUCCUUUGUCCCAAUGAAUCUGUCCCAGGUGCAGCUGUAUGCAGAUGUUGUUCUGACUCUCCCAUCACUAAAAGACUCCUGAUGAACCCUCUUUCUAUUUCCAUGUUGUUUUACAAGUGUAAUCACUGUGAUUUCUUUAAACAAGCCAGCGGGGCUGACCAAAAGUGCUUUUUUU